AUGGAAGAAACCGAGAGUUUUCUCGAUGCUUCCGUCAAGUCGUCUCCAGCCUUGGCGUCCUUUUCUUCUUCCCGAUCCGGGGCUGCACCAAAGGCGCAAUCGUCGCAUCCGCUCGAUCGCCGAUGGAUCUUCUACGUGGCAGCCUUUGGGACCCUGUUGGUGCUCUACUUUGGAAACUGGUCGCCGGCGCAAGACGAUACGGCAACUCCUUUGUUGCCCAACGGUGGCGCCGAAGCCGUUCCGGCCCCCGCACCCGGUGCUCCCAGCAGUUCCCAAACGGACACAGUGUCACCAAUAAAGCCUCAGGGACCGUUACUCUAUUCUAAAAUGGCCACGAUUGUCCCCGACCCCGAGCACGUGCCGGUCAACGCCACCGCUCAAGCUGCUUUGGCCGACGCUUGGGGACGUUGGCACUUUUGGGACGGCGACGAAGACUCGCGUCCCACCGCCGACUACUGCGCCGAAUACGAAAAUCGGGACAUUCCCGGAGACGAGUUCCCCGACGAGGCCUGGCAAGUGGACGCCGUCUUUGUCAAUCACUUGCUCAACGAUGCGGAACAGUUGCUGCAACGGGCCCAGGAAGCCAUUUUUACCGAAUACGGACACGGCAAACCGCUACCACCGGAAGGACUCGCGGCGCGACUCAAGAUGUUCGCCUGGGAAAAGCUGGAUUUAUUGGAUCCCAACGAAACUCCACCGGAGGGAUACGGCGGUCGCGCUCGGAACAGAGGCAGCAACGGGGGAUGGACGACGGAAUCCGGGUUUGACGGACUCGUUCGACGAUUGCUCCACGCCAUGCACACCAACGACCAGUUCGUCGUCGUGCUGGGCGGACAUUCUGCCGCUGCCGGACACGGCAAUCACUUUCAUCAGUCUUACGCUAUGCAGUUUCAUCGUGUGGUCGCACCGGUACUCGCUCGCCUCGGCGUGAAACUCGUCACCCGCAACCUCGCCAUGGGCGGACUAGGAACCGUUCAACAAUCUCUUGGUUCGCAGUCUUUGUACGGGAGUGACAUUGAUUUACUAUGGUGGGAUUCUGGCAUGACGGAACCCCAAAGCUCUCUCACCGAUUUGUUCGUCCGGCACGCGCUCAUGUCACCCGGCAAGGUGCCGGUCGUGUGGGGCGGCGGCUUUGACAUAUUGCAACCCAUUUUUCAACAAACGGGGGCCGACGUUGGCGAAUUUGGUACCGGGAUGCUCGGAAUCCCCGUCGUCACGAGCGAAGAACAGGCCAUGACGAUUCCAUACCCCGCCCGGUAUAUGCUUUGUGACAAGGACGUCACUCCUCUGUGCCAGGAGGACCGCUUCUGUGGAAUGUGCUGGGUGGACCGGGACGAUGUGGACAAAUCGCAAUUUACUGAAAUACACGAGAUUCCUGGCGCGCGGGUCAAAUGGCACCCCGGCUGGCGCUCGCAUCAGUGGCAAGGACGGGUACUGGCGUACGCUGUCCUGGAAGCCCUGCAAGUUGCCAUACAGCGCUGGAGCGACGGAACCAUGGGAGGGCCACCCCUCGAGGACGCGCUGUGGCACGUCACGGCACAUUAUAACUCUAUCCGAGAUAAAGUCCGCACCGUACAGGGCGGGGAAUGUCGUGCUUUGGACGAUUUGGUUUCACCACGCGUGUGUUCCACCCCAAUGAAAGGUGCCACAUUAUUUACACCGCGGGCCAAUCCUGAGGAAACGUCGUUGACCAAGCUAAUCAAACCGGCACCAAACGGAUACGUACCCACAAAUCAACGCAAGGUCCUUUACGAUGGACCCGAUCGACACAACGAAUGCUACGAUGUGAAAGAAGGAGGAAUUGAUAUCCUAGCUAUCAUUAGUGGACGUCGGCGAUUGGAAGAACAAGUCACACCGUCAGGCCCAACUUUUUCCGAUUGGAGAUCAACACACGAAAGUGGAACUGACACUGAGAAGCCACUUGUGGCGAUAAUAUCACCACAGCGCAACGCCUCUCGCUCAGAACGCCGAGCAGCCAGCGAUGCGAUUGUUCCAGGGAAAGGAUGGCAGGUGGUGAGCGAGAUGCCCGGACAGUGUGACGGGGAGUACCACUCCGUUUGUGGUAGGCACGUAGAUAUAUCUUGCCCCAUGUUGGGGCACCACGACGGUCGCGGAGUUCUGGUUGGUAACGAGUAUUCGGGUUGGAUUGUCUUGAAUUUGCCGAAGGUAACAGAGGGGCUCAUAAUUAUUAAGCUUUUCACGUGGGGCGGGGAAGGCAUGAAUACGAUUACCCAAGGCUGGACGACGGUCAAUAACGAAGGGGGUCGAAGGCUCCGUGGCAGCAGUAACUUCUUGCAAAAAGAAGAGAACCUUAGCCGGUGGAAUGAAAGCAGUACUACUAUUGAGUCCGAGAAGGAGCGGUAUGGUGGUGAGUUGGACGAGCGACGAUUGGAUCCCAAGUCCAUUGAGAAUUAUCCAAAUGCGUUCGAAUUCGAUUACGCCAUCAAUGGGAAGAUAACUACAUUGAACAGGGACCAAUUCAGAGACCGUGUGAAGGAUUUAGCACGCGUUGUGGAGGUCAUGACGCUGUUGGACGAUCCUGAUUUUGUAUCAGGUCCUACCGACGUUGAAAUCGCUUUUCGAAUGCGCAACUGUGGUCACCUAUGCACAGUUUCACUCACACACGUUUAUUGGGCAUAAAAAAUAAAAGAUAGCUGACUGUGUUUUGGACGGGGGG